AUGACGUCCUCCGCUGCACUCCGUCAUAUUUCUCCGCUCAAAGUGCGUUCGUUGCCGUCCCGAGAGGCUGCAUCAUCCUCCAAGACCAUGCAAACCCCCACUGCAAUUCCGCUCCACUUAAAACUUGCUGUGGGCGGUAUGGCAGGCGCCGUUGGAAUGGUCACCACUUUCCCCAUGGACAUCGUCAAGACGCAUCUACAGGGCCAGACACGCACGGGUGGACGCAUGACGUUCUCUGGACCUGCGCAAUGCUUUAAACACAUUGUUGCCACCGACGGCCUGCGCGGCCUGUACCGCGGCCUACCUCCUACUCUCAUGGGAGUUCUACCUGAAAAGGCCAUCAAACUCGCAGUCAACGAGCAGCUCCGAGAAUACUUCACCGACGCAAACGGCAACCUAUCAAUGGGCAAGCAGGCGCUGGCCGGUGCAGGCGCCGGGUGUGCGCAAUCGAUCAUCACGAAUCCGGUUGAGAUCGUCAAGAUCCGGUUGCAAAUGCAGACGUCGCUGCCAGUAGCAGAACGACAAACGGCGUUGGAGAUCGCACGGAGUUUGGGAAUCCGAGGCGUGUACAAGGGGGCAGGUGUGUGUUUCUUGCGUGAUGUGCCGUACGCUGUCCUCUUCUUCCCGUCGUACGCUACACUGCGUGACGCCUGGGCAGACAAGACCACGGGUAAGAACUCGGUGCUUUCUAUUGUGGCCGCUGGAGCUGUGGCCGGCGCUGGCGCUGCUGCGAUCUGCACACCAGCAGAUGUGAUCAAGACACGGCUGCAGAUGAAGGGAUCUCCGUAUACCGGUAUGGUCGACUGCGUCCGGAAAAUUGUGUCUGCAAAUGGACCCACGGCUCUGAUGAAGGGCGCGGGGCCGCGUAUGAUGGUGCAGGCACCGCUCUUUGGCAUCACCCUCGUGGCGUUCGAGCUGCAGAAGAAGUACAUGGAGUCUCUUGCAAGUCAAGAUUAG